UUUGCUUGCUAGCUGCUAACAAAGAGACGCGGAAGUCAUCGCUAAGCAGAGAUCAAGUGUGAGUGUAAAGUGUUGUGAUUGUGUGAAAAUGUGUAAAGUACAAAUGCUGAGAGCGUUGGUGAAUCAGCGACUAACUGCGGCUGUUGAAGAAAUAUUUGUAGUGUUGGAAAGAACCAUAGCAGAGUACGAGGAGGAACUUUCUCGAACAAAAGAGGAGAACGAGCGACAACGUCAACUGUUGGACGCUGUUUUCAAGAAGGAUCAACUUGAGUCACACGGAGGAGACGUCAGUGAAGAACGUCUUCCCCCUGAGCAGCGGGAGUGGAGCUCCUGGGUGGAGCACGAGGAAGGAGCACAGCCCCCCCACAUUACAGAAGAAGAGGAGGCACCACAGCCCCCCAACGUUAAAGAAGAAGAGGAGGACCCACAGCUCCCCUACAUUAAUGAGGAAGAGGAGGAGCCCCAGCCCCCCCACAUUAAAGAGGAAAAGGAGGAACACAGCAUCAGUCAGGAGGGAGAGCUGUGUGUCAUUGUGAAGCGUGAAGAUGAUGAAGACAAAGAUCAAAGCAGCAGCUCAACUCAACACAUGACAACAGAAGCUGAUGGAGACCACUGUGGACGAUCACAAGCAGACUUAGCUCCACUAACAGAUAGCGUCGACACGCCACACUCUCCUGACACUGAUUACGAAGACUAUAAAGCUGAUGUGACAUGUCACACUGACGACACACGCUUAAAAUGCUCUCAAUGCGACAAAACAUUUAAUUACCGUAGUAGUCUGAAAAGACACCUGAAAAGUCACACCGGAGAGAAACCAUUUAUGUGCUCAGUUUGUGGGAAAAGAUUCACUCGGAAUGCAGAAUUGACAAUACACAUAAGAAGACACACCGGAGAGAAACCUUUUUCCUGUUCAGUGUGUGGUAUAGGUUUUGUACGAAACCAAUAUUUGAUCGUACACAUGAGAAGACACACCGGCGAAAAACGUUUUACCUGUUCAAUCUGUGGUGUAGGUUUUGUCCGAAAUGCAGAUUUGGUUACACACACAAGAAGACACACUGGUGAGAAACCUUUUUCCUGUACAAUCUGUGCCAUGGGUUUUGUACGGAGUGACCUUUUGAAAACACACAUGAGAAGACACACUGGAGAGAAACCUUUUUCCUGUUCAGUGUGUAGUAAAAGUUUUGGAGUAAGUCAAUAUUUGAAUAGACACAUGAGAAAACACACAGAAGAAAACCUAUAUUCCUGUUCAGUCUGCAACAAAAGCUUAUCCGAACGAACGACGCUUGUGAGACACAUGAGAAUACACACUGGUGAGAAAGUGUUGAGUUGCAGUGUGUGUGAUGAAAGAUUCUCUUAUAAGUACCAGCUUGACAACCACAUGUGUGCUGGUGAGGACAGCAGCAGUAAAUGAAGCUGCAGGACAAAAAAAUAUCAACACUUAGUUAACUUUGACUUUGUCACCACAUGUGACGUGAGACAUCCUUGUGUGUGGAAGUAACACAAUUUUGUUAAUAUGCUUCUACCAUUUAAAUGCAAUAAAAGGAGAAAAAAAGUUGUGACAGGGUGUCUGUUGGUUUUAUUUUUAAUUAAGUUCCAAACUUGAGAUGAGAUGAGAGGCUUUAUUUAUCUUGGUUUUGUCCCAUUGAGAUCAAAGAC